UAUUGCGGCGUAUAUUGCUUUUUCUGGUAGAAUACAAAGACUACUCUCUCUCUCUCUCUCUCUACUCUGUACACUAGGGAGAGAAAGAGAGAAGAGAAAGAUAGCACAAAGCACUCCAAAAAGCACACAGCAUCUCUCUCUCUCUCUCUCCACUACUUUCUCUCUAUAUAGAGACACUACUCUUCUCAUCAGAUCAGACUCUCCGCUUUCGAAACAGGGUUUUUUGGUGAUGGGAAAGGGGUCGAAGACUGGAGGGUGCAAGUCUGCGUCGCACAGUAUCUUCAAAGAUAGGGCGAAGAAUCGUGUGGAUGAUCUCCAAGGCAUGUUCACGGAUCUCCAAUCGGCGAGAAAGGAGAGCCGUUCGAUCGAUGUGGCUAUGCUUGAAGAGCAAGUUCAUCAGAUGCUUCGCGAAUGGAAAGCUGAACUCAACGAACCCUCCCCAGCUUCUUCUUUGCAGGGUGGGAGUCUGGGUUCUUUUUCAGCUGACAUUCAAAGACUGAUGCAACUAUGUGAGGAACAAGAUGAUGCUACCAGUGGCUUAGCUGCCCCAAAGCCUGACCCUGAUGCCCAAAAAAUGGGUGAUACUACCGCCUUCCAAGAGGGCUUUCAUGUGAAUCCGGGGCCACAUGGACACGACUUCCAGUUGGUGGUUGGCCAUUGCAAAGGCUCCCCUUCAGUAGUUCAAAACAUGGGAGUAAAUAACUUGGGGUUUCCUUCUCAGCUGGACUAUCAGACGUACGAUUUACAUCAAGAUGUUGAGCAGAACUUCCCUGGUUUUGAUGGUACUGGCCUGUAUGGAGAUGAUGCUAUCCAUCAGAUUUCUGGCUUUUUGCCAAAUAUUUGCCCUCCACCUUCUGCUUUCUUGGGGCCAAAAUGUUCACUUUGGGAUUGUCCCAGGCCCGUUCAAGGAUUGGAUUGGUGUCUAGAUUAUUGCAGUACCUUUCAUGCAGCACUUGCAGCAAAUGAAGGCCCACCUGGUAUGACUCCAGUUCUGCGACCCUUUGGCAUUGGCCUGAAGGAUGGUCUGCUUUUUGCUGCUCUUAGUGCAAAAGCACAAGGAAAAGAUGUUGGUAUUCCAGAAUGUGAGGGGGCUGCGACUACAAAGUCCCCAUGGAAUGCUCCUGAGCUCUUUGAUCUUACAGUUCUUGAGGGUGAAACAAUUAGGGAGUGGCUCUUUUUUGAUAAGCCUCGAAGAGCGUUUGAGAGUGGGAAUAGAAAGCAAAGAUCGCUACCCGAUUAUAAUGGACGCGGCUGGCAUGAGUCAAGGAAACAAGUGAUGAACGAACACGAAGGUCUGAAGAGAUCUUACUAUAUGGAUCCACAACCGAGGAAAGAUUUCGAAUGGCACCUUUAUGAAUACGAGAUCAAUAAAUAUGACGUGUGUGCCUUGUAUAGAUUGGAAUUAAAGCUGGUUGAUGGGAAGAAGAGUGCAAAAGGUAAAUUAACAAAUGAUUCGGUUGCUGAUCUGCAGAAGCAGAUGGGAAGGCUCACUGCUGAGUUUCCCUUGGAUAAAAAGCGAUCUGUGAAGGGAAGGACAAAGGCUGCUCUGAAGGACGGUGUUGGAAAUAUGUACUCUGCUCCAAACCGUAUGGCACCUACAAGUGACGGGUUUGAUUAUGGAACAGGUGAGCCCUAUGAUUAUCUUGUUGACAAUUUGACUGGCUAUUACUUGACUUAGUUGAAGAAACUCAUUUUCACAAGGAAUAAGCAGCAUUUUGUCGGGUCUAGUGUACAUCAACCAAAUUGUUUCUGCAUAGCUCAUAUGCAAUGGUUGAAGAUGAUGUUUUUUUCUUUUUUUUCCGUCUCACUAUAUAUCAUCCAGUCUUUGGUCUCUCAGCAAUCAAACCCUUGUUUUUGUCGCGAGGAUCUUGAUCUUGUGCAUAAUUGAGUGUUACCGGGAGCAUAUUCUAACUGCUGGAAGAUGGUUUACAAAUGGCGAAAUUGGCUGUUCUUAUGGUCAUUUUCUUAACUAAUUGUGCUUAUAGUGUAAAGAGUACUGAUGUAACAUCUUCCAAACCAUUGUUUUGGGUUUUAAAGACUUGUCAUCUAAUAAUUUAUCUAGGAGGGACAAAGUUCAUGAUAGAUAUUAGGAGAAAUAUGUAACUUUCUCGUUGCUGGGUAUAUAGACAUUACAUAUGUGGGAGUUUUAUCUGGUUAUCAUUGGAAUGUGUACAUGGUGGUGGUUGAUAUCUUUAAAUUUUAUUUUUUAUUACUGUU